AAUGUCGGUCUCUGUUUUGGCUGCAAUAGCCGGCUUCCAUUAAAAAUGUUUAGAAUAAUGGUGUUUUGAAAUCUUCCCCCAACCCAAACACCAUAAGAUAGAUAAUAGGUUACCUACCAUGCACUAAAAACCAUCCAGUAUAGACAACUCUUUAGGCUACAGCGUGAGAUUUCCUCUCCAAAAACACGCUUUGCCUUGUUUUUUAAUUCUACUACUUAAUUAACCCCCACCCUUAUUACUUAUAACCUCUCACUAUGAAUGCUUCCCUCUUCACAUUUAAUCUAUCAGCUUAAUUUUAGUUGGACAGCUAGAUCAUCCAGAGCAGGCCAUGGCUUCUGGUUCUCCUGGAGAAAGGACUCUUAAAGAUACACCCACUUGGGCUGUUGCUCUUGUUUGCGCUGUUUUUGUUAUCGUUUCUAUUCUGAUAGAGCAUGCAAUCCAUUCCCUAUCUAAGUGGUUCCAUAAACGCCGUAAGAAGGCCAUGAGUGAAGCUCUGGAGAAAAUUAAAGCUGAGCUAAUGCUAUUGGGUUUUAUAUCCCUAUUACUGACCGUGGGUACGAAAUAUGUAACGAAAAUAUGCAUCCCAGCAAAAAUUGGUGAUACCAUGCUUCCCUGCAAGUUUGGCAAUGGAAAGGAGGAUGAGGAAGAUGAUGGUGGAAAUAACAGGAGAAAAUUGCUUUCCCUGGCUGAGAAUGAUAUAUGGCGCAGAGUCUUGGCACCUGCUAAAGAAGAGUAUUGCUCUAAAUAUGGUAAGGUUCCGUUGAUUACAUAUUCUGGUUUGCACCAGUUGCAUAUAUUUAUAUUCGUCCUGGCUGUGUUUCAUAUUCUCUAUAGCGUGGUUACCAUCGUACUUGCCAAGGCCAAAAUGAAGAAAUGGAAGUCUUGGGAAUCAGAAACAUCGUCCUUGGAAUAUCAGUUUACAAAUGAUCCUGCAAGAUUCAGGUUUACUCAUCAAACAUCCUUUGUGAAACGUCACUCUGGCUUUUCUACAACACCCGGAAUUAGAUGGAUUGUGGCAUUCUUCAGACAAUUCUUUGGCUCGGUGACAAAAGUCGACUAUUUGACAAUGCGUCAAGGAUUUAUUAACGCACAUUUUGCGCCAAAUAGCAAAUUUGACUUCCACAAGUACGUAAAGAGAUCAAUGGAAGAUGACUUUAAAGUGGUCGUGGGUGUUAGCAUUCCUCUGUGGAUAUUUGCAAUCAUCUUUCUGCUUCUAAACGUUUACAAAUGGUAUACGCUAACCUGGUUGUCAUUUGCACCGCUCAUUAUUCUUCUCCUUGUUGGUACAAAACUUGAACUAAUCAUCAUGGAGAUGGCUCAAGAAAUCCAAGAACGAACUACAGUAGUGAAAGGAGCUCUUGUGGUGGAGCCAAGCAACAAGUAUUUCUGGUUUAAUCGCCCUGAAUGGAUUCUCUUCCUAAUCCACUUCACGCUUUUCCAGAAUGCAUUCCAAAUGGCUUACUUCUUGUGGAUAUGUUAUGAAUUUGGGCCCACAUCAUGCUUCCAUGAAAACUUACCAGCAAUAUUGACAAGAGUUUUUCUCGGGGUAGCGUUACAGAUCUUAUGCAGUUAUAUUACCUUCCCUCUUUAUGCAUUGGUUACUCAAAUGGGGUCUCACAUGAAGAAAGCAAUAUUUGAAGAGCAAACAGCCAAAGCUCUCAAAAAAUGGCAAAAGGCAGCGAAAGAGAGAAAGAAACAGAGGAAACGUGGAGGAGGAGGAGAUGGGUCCAAUUCAGGGUUCAUUAGCGGUGAAAACACACCGAGCCAUGGCACAUCCCCAUUGCAUCUGCUGCACAACCACAAGUACAGGUCCAACCAUAACCAUUCAGACAUCGAAAGCGUUAUGAAUUCCCCAAGAUCUUAUCAAUCUGACACCGACCUCGACCUCUCUGAGAUUGAAGGUUCCCCACCCCAUGACCAGGCCGAUCAUGGAUCAUCACCACCAAACCUUCAUCAACACUCACUUGCAGUUUUAACAAUUAAUAAUGGCAUUAAUGAACCCCAAAGUCAUGAUUUUUCCUUUGUUAAGCCUUGAUAAUCAUCAAUUUAUCAUAUUUUUCUUUUAUCAUUAUUCACAAAAC